AUGGCCCCUCACUUGACCAAGAAGCGUCAGCCCGAUGAACAACGACGCCCGACCAUCUGGCGAUUCAUCUCAUCCCGUCGCUUUGCGCAGCGUGGAAGACGGGACUCUGCAGAUAAUGCGGAUGAGGUGCAACCUCGCGGCAUUGACAGCCCCUUCUUUCAGGACUCGGACAGAUCUGAGUCCAUCCUCAUCAACGAUGACGAUGACGAUGACGAUGCAGAUGCGAGGUCGGCGUGCUCCGAGUCUCAGUACUCAGAUGCCCAUUCCACCUGGGAGCACCCCAUCACGAACCGUGAGGACGCCAUUUCGCUGGCAUUUAGCGAACUGCUCCACGCGGACGCGCGCGACAGUCUGUCAAACCAUGUCGUGCCCUCCGCGUCCCAGCCAGGGGUGUCGGGCAACGCCCGUAACGCAAACACAGGUACGACGGCAGACGGGACAAGGGAUGACAACGACGUCGUCAGUGUCGAGGGUCUUUCUCAUCACCUUGACACCUACUUGGCGCAGAACCCGGACAUGAAAUCAAUCACCAGGAUUGAGCGGAUGGAUGGAAUUGACCCCUUUUCUACAAGCUAUCUUGCAUCCCAGCAGAGCAACCUGGAACGGCCACGGGAAACCGCCGGUGGAAGCAGUUGGACUCAUGGCAAGGGGAAAAGUGUCGACAAAGGAUCCGAGUGGAGUUCGGCCAGAAACCCUUGGGCAGUGCUCGAGAGUAACGAAGCCUGGCACGACGAGCGGCACGAGCUGCUGGAGGAAAAUGCCCGUCUCCGGGAGCAAAUCGAGGAAAUGAAGGCUACAAUGUCGCCGCCAUCCAGGCAUAAUGGACCAUAUCAUACAGAGAUGCCCACUCCUGAGCAAUCACCCUCUGCCCGACCAGCGAGUAGGCUGAGGCGCUCUAGGCAGAAGAAACGCCAAGAUGUGACUCUGUUCGAGACCACAACAUUGCGAGAUCUGGUCCUCAAGCGACUAUUUACACCACACGUCAUAGUCGAUGGGAUCAUUCACGACCAAGAACAGCCCGUAACCCUCGAUACGCCCUUGACACCAGCACAGGUCCACGACUUCACCAGGAUCAUGAACGAUAUCAUCACGUCGGGAAGCCACCUCAAACAACCAAUAGCCCUGUGUGCUGUUUGCCACCUUCCAAAGUUCAAAGGCGUAAAAGGCUCGCUUCAGAGCUCUUAUGUCUCAGAGGUCCUGGCACAGUUACCAACCGUCUCUUCUUCGGCCUUUGAAGACUUUGACCCGAUAUGGGGCACCUCUAGAUGCUGCCGAAGGUUUGUAUGUAAGACGUGUCUCAGUGCAGCCAUUAUCUCAGGAAUCGGCACCCAGUGGUGGUUUGACCUGUCAAACCUCGCGGGCAAUUGGCUCAAAUGUCCUGUGCCAUGCUGCGGGCGAAGCUUGCCUCUUUAUUCAAGUCCCGAAGUCGCAGGCGCGCUGCAGAAGCUAGGAGUGCAUCCUACGAUCUCACAUGUUGAGCGCUUCGAGCAUGCCGCCAAGCUUCGCGCGGCACUCCAGAACCUAGAUCAGUUGCCCAGCAAGGACGAACUCCGACGAGCCAAGGCUUUACACGAUCGACUUGAGCGCCACAAUCGAAUGCGGCCGCUGCUAGACGAAGACCCCAGUGACGCCGGUGGUGGUGGUGGGGAGGUGCCCACGCCUGACUGCUUUGCCGUGGACACGGCUGACGGACGAGGCACUCUGACAGUACCGAUCUUCACACACUUACUUCGGGGCCGCACCCCUCGAACCUGCCUGGUGUGCGAUGAGAGGUACGAGGAGUUUGACACAGGUCAUACUCAGGCCUGGAUGCGGGCAAUAAGGGGCUUCGAUGGCGAGUGGACCUGGCGCGUGCUGCGUUUCCCGGCAGCCUCUAUUCUACCCGCUUGUCAUCAUGAUCUCGAUAUUUGCAGGAAGUGCUUGUGCCAGUACAUCGCGACGCAAAUAGAGACACAAGGACAUAGUGUGGUAGAUAAUAUCGCCUGCCCAACUCCUGAAUGCACCCACAAGUAUACGCACCCCGAGGUGCGGCACCUUGCAAGCCCCGAGGCUUUCGCUACCUAUGAUCGCUACACGGUUCUCAACUCCAUCUCAUCGCUGCCGAACUUUCGCUGGUGCUUACGAGAGGGGUGCACCUCGGGAAGUUUAUACGACGAGCCGGCUCCCUAUUCCCUUUCCCAGGUUGCCGAGAUCGACACAAACUGUAUAGAGUGCUCCGACUGCGGCUUUACAAUGUGCUACGCCUGCCAGAGCCCCUGGCAUGCCGGCUUGACGUGUGCACAGUAUACCUCACAGCGUGAGGCUUCGUUUACCGAGACACAAACAUGGCUACAGGAGCAUACGAAACCAUGUCCCGGGGAAAGUUGUGGUGUGCAGGUUCAAAAAGGCGAUGGAUGCUUCCACAUGACUUGUUCUCGGUGUCGACAUGAGUUCUGCUGGGAGUGUCUUGCAGACUGGCAGGGUAUAUUCGUACCGGAUGAUGAUGGUGGGUUUCUUACAACAGACGGACACCGUGAGGGGUGUUUUUUCAGAGGCGAGGGUGCUCCUCUGCCGACGCAAGUCAUGGGUCAGGAUAUCGAGACAGGGCUCAGGAGGUUGGAGCAGCGUGCUGCAGAUGCAGCCCCUGUGGUAUAG